AUGUCCAGACCAGCGUCUUAUGCGUCCCCCACUGACCCCUCGAGUUCCCAUCAGAACUGGAACCCGAAUCCUCCCACUUAUGCAGCCUUUUCUCCGACGUCUCCCUCCGGCCAUGCUGCCAGAUCCAAGCAGCGCUCUACAAUAAUAGUGCACAAGAAGUCCCCUCUGUUGGUCGCCACACCUCCUCAAAUCACUCGAACAUUGGCACAUUCCCAUCCGUUUCUACUGCCUCUCAACAAACUGGCAGGGCUGCUGUCAUGGAGUACGCCAGAUCCAUGGGAAUCGUACCUGCUGGUGGUGGCAUUUUGGGCGGCCACAAUCUACGGCAGUGAAAUUAUUCUGUUUGCGAGCCCGAUCAUUGUGGUUAUUGGCUUGAUCCUGGGAAUGUAUUCGAGAAGGUUUUCACCUCUGUCAUCAACCAGCAAGACCGGAGACAAACGCCCCAAGAAAGGCGACAAAACAGAAUCUUCGGAAUCGACCUCUCAUCAUAAAACCCUGGAUGAGAUUGUCGACACCCUGCAAGAGUUGACUGCUCGUUGCAACAUCCUGUUGGAACCCUUUCUCAACCUGACCGAUUUUCUUUCUACGCAGACGACUGCUACCGCCGCCACGACUCGUCCUGCUCUGACAACUCUCUUCAUCCGUGUCCUUUUAGUAACCCCAUUUUGGAUCAUGUUGACGCUGCCACCGUUCUAUAUUCUGACCACUCGACGGGUCAUUCUCACUUUUGGCACUAUAAUUUUGACUUGGCAUUCCAAACCGGCUCGUGUGUCGCGGGUUAUUCUUUGGCGUUCUGUCUUUAUGCGAAAGGCUGCCGCAUUUGUCACGGGCUUAGAAUUUGAUAUCUCUCCUCAUCCCAAAUCUGAUUCAAUGCCUCGACCAGGCAUGGGAUCCCGGACGAAAUCACAAACAGGCCUCGCCUCGGAGAUGGCCACGAAACGGAGACCCGAUUCCUCAGGUAUCCGUUUCACAUUUAUCUUGUACGAGAACCAACGCCGAUGGAUCGGCCUCGGUUGGACGACCUCUUUGUUUGCCUAUGAACGUGGUCCCUGGACAGACGAACACCUCAACCCUGCCCCAUCCAAAGACGAAUUCGAAUUGCCAGAAGUGGAAGGGGGCCAUGCUCGAUGGAGGUGGGUGGACGGUUCAGAAUGGAGGAUAGAACACGGUGAUGCUAAACAGUACCAGAGGGCCGCUAGUCAGGGCAAGACAGGAGCAGCCGGAAGCACAGGAAAAGAUGUGAGUGAAGAUGGUGGAGGCUGGAUCUACUACGACAAUCGAUGGGAUGAUGGAAGGAGGGAAGAUGGAUGGGGAAGAUAUACCAGAAGAAGAAAAUGGUAUCGAGACGCUGAGUUGGUGGAAGCUACGCCGAGCGUCGAAGCCACUCCCAGUGGAACUCCGGCGCAAUCUUUGUCGGACAACGAAGAAGAUAAGGUGAAGAAGGCUAAGGAAUUUGGCAAAGAAUUAGCCGGGUCCGAAGACACGGUGAACCCUAACACUGUUCAUCCAAUAGAGACGGCCAACACUGGAAAUCAAAAGACCAACGACGAUUCCAGCAUUGUUGUCAAAUCUGCAACGACGAAGAAAGGCGGAUGGUUUUCUUCGAAGCGAGAUCGCAGUGACAGCAAAAGUAGCAGUGGGAAAAACACGGCACAGUCGAGCAUGAGGAGUGAUCGAAGCCGAGAUGGGCCCGAAGACGAUGUGCUGGAUCAAUGGCGAGACAAUCCUACUGGACACAGGACGUUUAGUGUUCAGGAGGACGUUGCUAUGAGUCUUGGGUAG